AGAGAGAAAAGGGACAGGGAAGGAGUAUUCAGAAGGUGUCAAGUGGUAUCGACAAUAGAGAAAGUUUUAUUUCUUCUAUAUAUAUAAAAGAAUGUUUGUCUGUUCUCUAUAUAUUUUACCUCUGUAAUAACUAGCGUCAACAACGUUUCGAUAUCAUACCCGUUGGUCCAGAGCAAUGUUAAGACAGGGUCGGUGACAGCGGCAGGGGUGGGAUGAGGAGUUAGGACGAAAUUCUACACAGGUUAUGAGAUACUGCAAUUUUCACCAAGCUUUCAAAAAUUUUAUAGUAUUUGCUACGAUUGUUACAAUAUCCACAUCUUACUGUUACUUUUUGCAUGGGGUGUUGGUAUGAGGUAUGGUAAUGGGCAUGAGUAAAGAGAAAGGCACUCACACUCUUACACUAUUUGCUGAAUUAUCGGAUUUAAGGAUAGAUGUAAGUGUAUGCACGGCGAGACGUGUAGUGGUAAUAAAUGGAAAGUUCUCAAGCAUAUCCUCUAUAUUUUCUGUCGUUUUCUGACAUGGUAAGUUUUCAGUAUGGAGGCUUCCCGAGCAACGUCGGGUAUUACCGCUAGUCUUCUUUAAUAUAGAACGUCUUGAAGAAACAUAGUAAAUUAUUCAACUUCACUUAUCACAUUUUAUUAUUUUAUUUAAAUGAAUCUAUUUAAUCUUCUAGGACUGUUUCAUUCACUUUGUACUUUUGAAAGAUCAAUAAAAUCCAAUUAACAGAAUGAGUCCAUAAUUAAUCAUCAUGUACUAUGCUUAUAAAACAUAUUCGAUUGCUUUAUGUGUAAACUUUAUUAUUUUAUUGUUUAACUUAUACUCUACGUUCUCUUAAAUCAUUAAAAACACUAAAUGAAUCCUUCCACAAUAAACCUUUAGAUACUUUAUGAAAAAAAAAUUCUCAAACUUAGGGAUAGUAGAACUCAUAUAUUUGGUGAUAGCACUCAGUUCCUCCUGGCACUACUUUGGUUAUGACACUAAUUGCUCUAUGUGUUUCUAAAACCAAAAAAAGAUAGAAAAUUAAGCAAAGUUUUAUUGAAACCAUCGAUCAAAUUCAUAAUGUUUUCAAAAUCUUUCUAGUCAAAAAAUGAAAUGAUUAGAAGAAAAUGAUAAGAAUGAAAGUCUCGUUUACAAGAUAUUUUUUCCUCUAUCAAAUUAAAUAAACAACAGAAUAGAUCAUGAAAGAAUAACUUCUUGUCUCAAACAUCUACUUUGAAUACUCUCAUGAUUUUUUGAAAUUAUACAUAAGAAAGCUUCUAUGUAAUUCAAUUGCUUUAUUAAAAUAAUAAUUCGAUGAUAAAAAUUGAUUGUUUGAAUAAAACAUGAAAUCAUUGUUUAAAAAAGAAAGAUAAGUAAAAGAAAAAAAAAGAUCUCUUAAAACGAGUUUUUCUGUUCAAUAAAGAAAAAAGAAAGCGAUUUUUAAUUUGAACUCUCGUAUAUUUUUAUGAAUUCAUAUUGUCUCAUUAUCUUUUUCUUUAUUUAAGUUCGACCAGAUUAUGUAGAAAAAUUCUAUGACUUUUUACCUUCUCGACGGCCGAAAUAUUUACAAACAUCCGAAUCGAUUGCUCAACAUGCCGCCGUCUUUGAGCAGGAUCUUUGUCAAUUGGUCGAAAAAUUAAAAGAAUUUGUCUUUCUUGAUAUUCAUGGUGAAAUUGAUUAUAAAAAAGUUGAAGCUUAUCGAUCAAUGGUUCAAGUUCGCUUUCCUCAUAGUCGAAUAGAUGUUGAAACAUCAAGAUUUCGUCUUUGGCUUUAA